AUGGACAACAUUACUAUUUUUGGUCACGCACAUAACAAUAAUGUUAUAUCGAAAGCUGCAUUUGCUCAACGUGCACGGCGAGAACGCGAAAGAAACGAUAAGGCAAGCUCUUCAUAUCAAUUGGGACAAUGUUCACGACGUGAACGAGAGAGAUCAAGAGAAUUGAUUCCACCAAGCACAACUAAUACUCCACCGGCUCAGAAAGGAGUAAUGUUUACAUAUUUUACGUCGCCAAGCACAUCUUUAGAUUCACAAAGGAAUUGGCCUACCCAUGCAAGCCCAUUCCUCCAUGAGACUAGGAAUAUCGGUGUUGUUAUUCGUGAUGAGUGCAAUCUUAAUAUUAUCCGCAAUUCUAAGGCAAAGGAAAAGGAAAAGGGCAAAGUAAUGUGUAAAGGAAAAGAAAAGGCAACUUCUUUGACAAAGGAAAGGAAAACACAUGUCCAAUGGUAUAUAUUCAACACCUUUAAAAAAAUAUUUAUCGAGUAAAACAAAGCCAAUCAUAUUGUUUAAGUGAACAUUGAUCAUGUAUAUUUUUAAAAAUGUAAACUGUGUUGUCAAUUUUUUU